AUGAACCACCAAACCUACAGAAUACAAGACCUACAGAUCACAAGAUCGACGGAACACGAGACCGAAAGAUCACGAAACCUACAGAAUACAAGACCUACAGAUCACAAGAUCGACGGAACACGAGACCGAAAGACCACGAAACCUACAGAAUACAAGACCUACAGAUCACAAGAUCGACGGAACACGAGACCGACAGACCACGAAACCUACAGAAUACAAGACCUACAGAUCACAAGAUCGACGGAACACGAGACCGACAGACCACGAAACCUACAGAAUACAAGACCUACAGAUCACAAGAUCGACGGAACACGAGACCGAAAGAUCACGAAACCUACAGAAUACAAGACCUACAGAUCACAAGAUCGACGGAACACGAGACCGACAGACCACGAAACCUACAGAAUACAAGACCUACAGAUCACAAGAUCGACGGAACACGAGACCGAAAGACCACGAAACCUACAGAAUACAAGACCUACAGAUCACAAGAUCGACGGAACACGAGACCGACAGACCACGAAACCUACAGAAUACAAGACCUACAGAUCACAAGAUCGACGGAACACGAGACCGAAAGAUCACGAAACCUACAGAAUACAAGACCUACAGAUCACAAGAUCGACGGAACACGAGACCGAAAGAUCACGAAACCUACAGAAUACAAGACCUACAGAUCACAAGAUCGACGGAACACGAGACCGAAAGAUCACGAAACCUACAGAAUACAAGACCUACAGAUCACAAGAUCGACGGAACACGAGACCGAAAGAUCACGAGACCGACAGAUCAUGA